ACACUAGAAAAUAACCGUGCAAAAAAAUGCGCAAUUCCCGUGUGACGUUUGCGCACGCCAGCACCGAAAACCGAAUAAGCGCCAUCGCCGUUGAAGCGGAUUGGUCCGUGCUCCCCUUAGCAGCCGCCCAGUUCUCGUUUCGACUGCCGGUCCAAUAAAGAUCUGCUCACGAAACGCUUACGGAAAACACUACGACAACUGCGGCGCGCGGCUGCUCGGGGAUGCGAUCGGUGGAGCCUUGGCCAGAGCUGAGCUCGCGCUGUGUGGCAUGGAGGGUAUUCCGUAUCAGCUGUGGCAGAACGCUCCGCUCGCGGCAUCUUCCGUGAACGUCAUUGUCUUGGCUGUUUUUGCUGCGGUGUUUUAUUUGCUGCUGCAGUACCGACGAAGCGCGGCGUUUCUGAACAUCCCUCCGGGACCGAGACCGCUACCCGUCGUGGGUAACUUCGGAAGCUUAUUUUUACCCCCUUUUAUUUUAAAACGUUUUGUCCGUCAGCAUAAAGGACACGACGGAAGCAACGCGAAUCCGGUUGCCACACAAGCUGGCCUGCUGGAACUGGCGAAGGUGCACGGAGACGUGUGCAGCGUCUUUGUGGGCAGCCAGUUAAUAGUGGUGUUGACCGGCUACGACGCUGUCAGAGACGCGCUGUCUAAUUACGCGGACGUGUUCUCCGACAGACCGGACAUUCCUCUCGUAACAAUUCUGACGAGACGUAAAGGCAUUGUGUUCGCCCCUUAUGGCCCAGUCUGGAGAAAGCAGCGGAAGUUCUGCCACACGACUCUGCGUAGUUUUGGCCUGGGCAAGCUGAGCCUGGAGCCUUGCAUCCAGGACGGCUUUGCCUCAGUGAAGGCCGAGUUGCUGAGGGGGAGCCAGGAGGCUGGGGGUUCGGGCGUGACCCUGGUGCCGCUGAUCGGCAACGCCGUGUCCAACGUCAUCUCGUCCAUCAUCCUGGGCCAGCGCUUCGACCCGCAGGACGAGGAGUUCCGCACGCAGUUGGAUCACAUGGCGCACGGCCUGGAGAUCUCCAUGAACAGUGCCGCCGUGCUCAUCAACAUCUUCCCCUGGCUCUACCACCUGCCAUUCGGCGUCUUUGCGCAGCUCCGUCAGGUGGAGCGGGACAUUACGGCUUUCCUCAAGAAGAUCAUCGCGAGACACAGAGCCACCCUGGACCCCGAGAACCCCAGGGACUUCAUCGACAUGUAUCUGGUGGAGAUGCUGGCCCAGGGGGAAACGUCAGGGUCGGAGGAGGGAGGGUUUUCAGAGGAAUACCUCUUCUAUAUUAUAGGGGACCUGUUCAUUGCAGGGACAGAUACUACCACUAACAGCAUACUGUGGAUGGUGCUAUACAUGUGCUUACACCCUGAUGUCCAAGAGAAGGUCCAGCAGGAGAUUGAUGCAGUGCUGGGAUCUGGGAGGCUGCCGUCUCUAACGGAUAAGGGCACUCUGCCCUACACAGAAGCCACCAUCAUGGAGGUCAUGAGAAUGACGGUGGUGGUUCCACUCUCUGUGCCGCACAUGGCUUCCAGAACUACAGAGUUUCGAGGGUAUACUAUUCCCAAGGGCACAGUUAUCAUCCCAAACCUCUGGUCGGUCCAUAGAGAUCCCAGUGUGUGGGAAAAUCCAGAUGACUUCAAUCCUUCACGGUUCCUAGAUGAGCAGGGACAGCUUCUUAGAAAGGAGUACUUCAUUCCGUUUGGAAUAGGUCGGAGGGUGUGCAUGGGCGAGCAGUUGGCAAAGAUGGAGGUCUUCCUGAUGUUCAGCAGUCUGAUGCAGGCCUUUACCUUCCGCCUGCCCGAGGGCCACGCACCUCCCUCCCUGCAGGGACGCUUCGGCCUCACCCUGGCCCCCGGCGCAUUCUCCGUAUGUGCCACGGCCCGUUGACCCUCCCUGCUCCCAUCACUGUGGGGUUGAGGCUCCUGCUGUUCUUAACGUGGUGUUAACGAGUCCGUGUUUGGUGAAUACUGGGCCAACACUUUGCACUAGAGUUCAGCGGCGCACCCAGCGGAUGGCUCAUCAGACUCGGAACAGUGCUGGGAUUAAGCUUUCACUGAAAAUGGCUGAAUCUUUAUUUGAAAAUGGGUACCAAAUCAUGUUAGUGUCUGUGGGGUUGCAUAAAUUAAAUGAAUGCUAAGCUUACACUAAUAGAGAAUAAUGCACAGAAUGGAAUAGGACUAAUGCUUGAAUUAAUAAAAUAAUUACUGUAUGUCCAGACAUAACAGGAAAUGACCUAGACGUGCAUAUGUGUGAUUACGCAAGAAGACAUGUGCACGCGACAGUCAGACAGGCGACGGCUGAGAUGGAAAAACACAAAAGCAGUGGCACAAGGCGAGAAAACUAUAAGUCUGUCUGUUGCAAAGUUGUGCUUUAGAUCUCACUCGCACUGUGUUGUGAAGUGACAUCUCCAGAGCUCUGUA